AUAGUCUCCACAGAUGAGAGGCAGAGAAAAAAAUAAUCAACCGACUCUCUGCUGCUUGAUAAAUUACAGACUUAGGUUAAGUAAUUAUGUGUUGAUAAUAGUAAACAAACCGAAACAUUUUGUAUUUCGUCGUACGCCGGAACAAGAUAAAAUAAACAAAAAAAUAAAUAGCAAUAAAUGGAUAGCGACGAUUACAGUUCAUCACAAUCACAAAAAAGUGAUUCAGAUGCUGACGAUAAUUCAAAUAUCAGCAAUUGUUCAUCUGUUGUAUACGACGACUAUUCGCUGAAUAUGCUAGAGCACGAGUCCUACAGAAGUUACAGCGAUGAUUAUAAUUCUGAUUGGAAUUCAAAUUCAUUAUCUUCAGAUUACAAUAACACCGAUGAAGAUAACGCUAUGUCCGAUAUGUAUGAAGAAAAUAACAAUGAUCCGAACAAUAAUAUGGAUGACGAAAAUUGGGAGGGGCGAAACACACCAGAAUAUCCAGUGCCAGCAAGUCCUCAGCCUGGAUGCAGUCGUCACUUUGAUUUUGUCGAGAAUGGUCACACCGAUUCAUCAAAACUAGUAACUCUUACCGCCGAGGAAAUUCAUACUCUAGCUGAUAAUAUUUUGCUGUCAAUAAAUAAAUUAGUCGAGCAAAUAAACCACAGCUCAAUUGUUGCCGCCAUCGAAAAUAAUUUGAAAACGGGCAACAGUAAAUUAAGUUUUCAAGAUUUACUACCAGCUAAUAAUCACAGCAACAACAGUACUGAUGAUAACAAAAAAACUGGACAGAAACGUCGUAAUGAUGAAGAUAUUUGCUCUGUCGAAAUGAAGAAAUCACGCGACAAUUCAUUGCCGCCAUCGCAAAUGCCGUCUGGUUUUAUGGUAAGAAACCCAAUUAUUGAUAUUAAUAAUCUUCAUAAAUCUACAUUACGUUUGCCCCCACGAGAAGUUAAUAAUAAAAAUGAUGAUAAAUUAAACAAACCUAAAAAUAUAUGCAUCCAAAAAUAUGCAGAUGCAAAUCAUGUCUAUGAAAAUGUUUUUUUACCGGGACGGGAUCAUAAUGCCGUUGAGAUUAUUGAUGAGUCAGGCGGUAUUAGACAAAGAGAUAAGUCAAGUAAACAAAGUAAAGCUGAAGUUAUUUUGCCUACAAGUCACAGUGUGACAAAUUUAUUGAACACAAUACCAAGUAGAUCUAAUCCUCAAAUACCUCGAGCAGUAAAUAGAUUACCAGUAGGAAAUAUGAGUAGAGCUGAUGUCCAGAAUUUAUUAAAAACUACCGAAAGAACUCAUACUCAUCCUCAAGUUACGGUUGCAGCUAAGCCGUGCUCUGUUCCAACUGCUACAGUCACUAGUAAUGCUUACAAUCAGCCAAAAGUGACAUCAAAAUAUUCUCUUGUUGGAAAUUCUAUUGUUCAACCUUCUGUUAAUACGGCAGGUACUAGAAUAAAGAUACCGUCAAAAGCAGUAGCUGGUUCUACUGCUGGUUCCUCAAAUUCAAAUUCAAAUCCAAAUCUUGAUAAGCGAACUACUGUUGUGGAUAAACGAGUUACUAUUGAGGGUAAAAAAAUAAGCACGUGUCGGUUAAAAGAUCAAGUGGAUUACUAUGAAAAUUUGAGACAAGUGAAGGAAAAUUUGGCUCAGCGACGAGAACAAUUACAACCUACGAUAAGAACUACAGAGAUUCAAAAUAUCGAAGCCAAGAUAGCUGAGCUUAAUAGUUUACGUGAUAGAAAUGAUCGGAUUAGAGAUCUUAUUAGUCAUGGACAUCAAUUAGACGUCAAUAUGUUGCCACCACCAGGACCACUGCCACCAUUGCCACCACGGAAAUUUUUUCUACCGCAAUUACAGCCGCAACAGGGAUUCCAACAUCAAGCAAAUGACCCAAUGGUCCAACCGAGCACGUCAACUAAUAAAGUAUGCGAAGAAAUUUAUCAAAAACUACGGGCCAUGUUUCCUGACAUCGAUCGCGAGUAUAUAAAAACAUAUUGUCCGGCUGAUUGGAGCCCUGGUAUGAGUCACGACAUUCAAUUUGGAAAUAUUGUAGAGAGAAUUUUACAAAAUGAGGCCUCGUGGAUAAUCGACGUCACUCCAAAUAAUUUUAUGAUCGAAACUGCUGCCAAUAAUGCCGUCGGCGCGACUCAAAAUGUCGAUGAAACCUAUGAGUAUCUCACUGGAAUAUUUCCUAAUGCGGACCCUCACUAUCUGCGUAGUUCCGCUGAAAAAUUCAAAAAUGAAAACGACGUCAAGGCGUUCGUUGAUGAUAAAUUGAAAACUUCAGAUUAUCCAACACGGGAACAAUAUUUAGCUAAAAUAAAAAUAACCGAAGAACAGCAACGUUACACGAAAAAUUUCAAUGUCGAACAAUUUUUAACUCUGUUUCCUGACCCGUUUUCUCACUUUGAAAAUGAUAGUCGAAAGUGUGAAUUUAAUCUUGUCGUCGCUGAAUUUUUGAAAAAUGAAUUUAGUCGGGUGAGAGUUACUACUAUUAAUAAAUUGUAUCGCGAUUGCAAGUACAAUAUGAGUCAGACAGCUAAAAGUCUGCGAGCUAUUACUGAUUUUAUAAUAAAACCGCGGAAUCCUAAUGAAAUACCAACGGAAAAUAUACCGAUGCUUCAAGAAAUGGCAUUUGUACGUCAUCAGGAUGAGAUACGCAUGCACAUGGAGACUGCACGUAAAAGAGAAGAGGAAGAGUUCAAUUCAUUGAAGGCUGCUGGCAGUCUUUGGACCUGUCAAUGCUGCUAUGAUGAUGAAUGCAUGCCGUCAAAAUGUUCAACUUGCGACAACGCUCAUGUUUUUUGCAACUCGUGUGUCGUUAAUGGAACGGACUCACGUCUUGGUGACGGAGAGACACACGUUCCGUGUUUCCUUAAUUGCGGAAGUGAAUUCAGUAUUUCGACAUUGCAAAAAGUACUCGCGCCUACUAAGUUUAGUAUUUUGUUAAAAAAACGUCAGGCUGCUGAAGUGAUGGCCGCUGGAUUAGAGGGUUUGGUAUCAUGUCCGUUCUGUCAUUUUGCGUCAAUUCCACCCGAGGGUGACAAAGUCUUCAAGUGUCUUAAUCCUGAAUGUAUGAAAGAGUCUUGUAUUCAGUGCAAGGAACCUAAUCACGUUCCUUUCCGCUGUGGUGAGCAGGAUAAGAAAGACAAAGCGCGUAAAUAUAUUGAAGAAAAAAUGACCCAAGCUCUUACUCGCACUUGCUAUCAAUGCAAGCGCGCCUUUUUCAAAGAAGAGGGAUGCAACAAAAUGACUUGUCCAUGCGGGGCUAUGAUGUGCUACAUUUGCAACCAGCCUGUCAACAGUUACAACCAUUUCCGUGGCCAAGGAUCAAAUGAAGUUAAUAAAUGUCCUUUGUGGACUGAUAAUCAGCGAUUGAAUGCAGAGACCGUUAGGAAGGUCGAAGAAGAUGCACGCAGAGAAGUUCUGCGGCAAGAUCCGACCUUGGAUAUCGGGACUACUGGGUUAGCUCCGGCGUUGCCGCCACCAGCUGCUGGUCCGCAUCGUGAUAUUCCUAACACUGAUAAUCUUGCUAAUAUACUUGCGGCUCGAGUAUUAAAUGCAGAUCGUUUUGAUUUCGAGGAACGAGACAACCCAAACCGUAAACACAAACGUAAUUAAUUAAUUAUAAUAAUCACUUCUUACCAUAUUUACCAUUAUUUUUAUCUUAUGUCAAUGAAUGUUUGUUAUUUAUAGAAUAUUUAAUAUCUAUUAUUUUUACUUUUUCAAUUUUA